AUGUGCAUUGAGGGCUUCUUCAGUUGCGUCGUCGAGCAGCGCAAGCUGCAACGGCGGCGUGAGCGCUGUGCCGCUCUGGUGGAGGAGCGCGUCGCGUUCGAGGUCCGGCUCUUCGAGAGCGUCCUCGUCAUUGCACGCUACGCCGUCGUGUUCCUGCGCCGCCGUCGACGCGAGCGGGAACUGUGCAAGCUCCUGGCGCUGCGCAGCGUGGAGGAGCUGCGGGUACGUGAAGCCGCGGCGAUGAUUGUGGCGCGCUGGUGGCGCAUCAUUCCUGAACGCAAGGCGUACUGGCGGCGGCGCACACGCGAGGUCGUGGAGCAGCGGCGGCUGGUAGAGCUGCAGCGUCAGCGGAAUGACGCUGCCACACGCAUUCAGAGCCGCUUUAGAGGCCUGCUGGGCCGCCGCGAAGCAGGAGAAGAGCGGCGGCGGCGCGUGGAGGAGCACCGCAGCCGUCAGCGGUGCCUGCACGACAGCACCGACCUUGUCCGACUCUGCCUGCAGGAGUACACACGGCGCUGCAGGCGACUUGAGCGCGAGGCGCAGCGGGCUGUCGUGCAGCGUAACGAGGCUGCUGCCAUCAUACAGACUGGAUGGAAGGCGGCACUGAAGCGGCAGAUGCUGCACAAUGUCCUGACACGCUGUCGCCGCAUUGUGCGGGCGGUGCUUGCGAUACAGCGCGCGUACCGCCGCUUCUGCGCGGGGCGCGAGAUACGCUACCUGCGCAAGGUGCAGCUGGCCAUGAACCAGGACCGCCUGGACAACGAGUACCGAGAGUUCCGCGCCACGCUAACGCUGCAGUGCUUCGCCCGCAUCGUACUUGCCAAGCGUGCGGCGCGGCACCGCCGUGCUGCCAUCGGCCGUGGGUUCUUCUUUGCGGCGGUGACAAUACAGAGCAUGUGCCGCGGUGCCACGGCGCGCAUGCAGCUCGGCUACGCACGUGAGUUGCAGCGGCAGGCCGCUGCGCAGCUGCUGCAGCUCGUGCAGGCGCAGAAGGAGCGGGUGGUGGCCGUCACUGCCGCGUUCCUGCACGCACGCGAGAGCUGCUACCUGACCGAGUGCCGCCGCUGCCGUCGGCUGACGGAGAAGCUGUACAUGCGCCGCUACGUACGGCGAGAGCUGCUGCGCGACAAAUCCGCAACUAUCAUUCAGCGCGCUGUGCGCCGCUGGAUCGCACGCCGGCGGCAGCGCGAAGUGGAGGAGAAGGCGUGCGCGAUGCGUGCACUCGUCCUCGCUUGCGUGGUGCGCAUUCAGUCCGUGAUGCGCGGCUUCCUUGCGCGCCAGCAGUACCGUCUCCGCCGCUAUCUGUCGCAGCAGCAGGAACGGCGCCGGCGCGACAUGGAGGAGGUGAUGGUGCAGCUGUGGAUAGACGAGUGGCGGGCGGCCAUACUGCAGUGCGAGGGCGAUCGCCGGCGUAUUGAAACGUUGGAGACACGGAAGCGCGAGAUGCUCGAGUAUUGCUGUAAAAUGGACGCAAAGGCUGCGGCCGCAGCUGUGGCAAUGGUGAUGACGGACAGCGAUGACGAGGAGGCGUUAAGCCUCUCCACGUACAGGGAUGACCUAUAG